AAUUAUGUGGAACGAGUGUUUUAGAUUAACCGUAAAACAUUUUUUCAUAUUAAAAAAAAAAUGUAAAACGCAGAGCUGGAGUCAGGCACAGAUCAGCUCUUUCCCUCUCUUUCUGUCAGCAAAGAAUCAGAAAAAUAAAUCAGAAAACAAAAUAAAAAUGGGAAGCUCGUUGAAGGGGGAGGCGACAGCGGACGCCGAUGCGUCGAGCGGAGACACACCUCCCUCCAAUUCCGACCUCUUCUCUGAGGGCGAACGUGUCCUUGCCUAUCACGGCCCUCGUCUCUACGAAGCCAAGGUUCAAAGAGCGGAGCUGCGGAAUAAAGAAUGGAAAUACUUUGUUCAUUACCUUGGUUGGAAUAAAAAGGAAACAGAAAUCAUUACUAUGGCUUGGACAUCUUACCAACAUUUGGGACGAAUGGGUAGGUGAUGAUCGGCUGAUGAAACAUACUGAAGAGAAUGUCAUGAAGCAGCAAGCCUUUGACAAAAAACAGGGUGUUGACAAAAGUUCAAAGUCUGGGUGUUCAAGUCAGACCAAGCCAAAAAGCUCUGCUGAUGCAAAAGUGGAUAAAGAGGACCUGAAGAACACUGUGGCAAAACGGAAGAAGAGAAAGAGUGACUCUGGUGUCCAGAAGGACAAUUCAUUCGUGGAAAAUCUUGUCAAGAUCCAAAUCCCAAUAACCCUAAAGAAGCAGCUUGUUGAUUAUUGGGAACUUGUUACUCAGCAGGAUAAGCUUUUUAAACUUCCUCGAUCACCAAAUGUUGAUGAUAUUUUGACAAAGUACCUUGAAUACAGGUCCAAGAAGGAUGUUACAAUGACUGAUUCAAUUGGAGAAAUCUUGAAAGGAAUUUGCUGUUACUUCGACAAAGCUUUGCGUGUGAUGCUUCUAUACAAGAAAGAGCGCCAACAGUACCAUGAAGUAGUCCUUGAUGAUGUCUCUCCAUCAACUAUAUAUGGUGCUGAGCUUUUAUUACGCCUCUUUGUUAAGUUUCCUGAGCUAUUGGCAUAUGUGAAUAUUGAAGAGGAAACAUUAACCCGUUUGUAACCGAAGUUAAUGGAUUUUUUCAAGUAUCAACUCUCUGCUCAUUGUUUUUGUGUUAUACUAUUUUGAGACCAUUAAAUCUUUUAAACUCUGAUUUAAAUUCAAUGGAGAGAUAAAAGUUUGCAUCAUUAACAUCACCAUAGCAUUUUGUUAGAACAUAUAAUUACAGUUGUUUCUUUUCUAUUUUAUGUCCUCUUGUAAAUUAUUGUGCCUCGUCUGUCCAAAUCAUUUCUGCUUUUCAGGGCACAUUUGUUGUUUUCAUCGAGUAUAAAAUACCUCUUCUUUUUUCUUUUUGUGUUUAUAUAUGCAUGUUUUGUAAUUACAUAUUUCUAUAGUUUCUUUUCAUUGGUUUGUAUAUGUCACACGCAUGCAUUGGCACACUUACAUUGCCAUGACCAAACCACUGACUGAAUUUUCUAUUGGUUUAGUUCUUUCUAGGGUCUAUUCAAAUUUUCCAUUAAAUUCAUUAUAUUUUAAAUUUUAAAACAAUUCUUAGAUAAUGCAGGUCUCUGCAAAAGAAUCAGAGCAUCUUUUUUCUCUCAGCAUAUGUGGAUCUAGAAGUCCAAAAGGUAAGGGGAACGGGAAAGAUGACUAGACAGCUAUCGUGAACUUUUCUACUAUCUCCAUUUUCAUAAUUUUGAUUACUAAAAUUUUGAAUUUAGUGGCAGAAUUUGAUGAUUGCCUGGAAUGCUGUCCUUAGCUUUGAUAUGGACAGCACAAAAUUGUUGUUGUAACUGUAGAAUUCGUUAUUCUUUUACACCUUUUUUCCUUUGUACAACGACAGAGAGAAGUUGCAGUAACCUCUUUUUUCUCUAACCUUUUGUUACUAAUUGUCAUAGGUGUGACAAGUUUCCAGUUUGAUAUGUUCAUCUUUCGGUGUGAUUAAUAUUCUAACAUUCUGAAGCGCCCAGAAACUGCUUGAUCUUAAUUCCUGCAAUUUAAGUCUUUACCUUCAAGGCCUACAGUGGUGUCUUUUUUUUUAACUCGCAGCAACUGAGUUACAAAUACCAUUCAGCUCAUGGUAUGAAAAAGCUCAAAAAGGACAUGUCAGGCGGCAGGUACGGGUUCGAAUCUUUUCAUUUUUUUCUUCGAUUGUUAUAACAUUCGAAUUCCGUAAACAAAAUACCAACUCAAACUCCUUAUUAAUUUAGCAAAAAAAGGCUCGAUCUUUUGUAAUAUAACUCUUAACAAUAGCUUUUUGCUUCCCAAAAUCAAUUGAAUUUGGGUUUAUUAUUACUCCCACACUUGAAAAACAAAAAAAUAAUAUA